AUAAUAAUGAUCACUACUCAGCACUCCUCUCCAGAAACAGCACCACUAAUGAAAAUGUCAUCUGCUGUAACCUAAAUAUGUCAUUACCAGCAACUUCCAAGACAAGUGUAGCGGCACCGGUUGCGUACACCGCCGGCAAGGCCCACAGCUUCUGCUUCCCAAGAGAUGGUGAGGCACGGGCUCCACUCUGCAGCGCAGGGAGAGAAGAGCAACCACAUAAAUCUGCCUGCCUGGUGCCUGGCAGAUCUGCCUUUUUCUCAGAGACAGACCCCGCACGUCUGGCUCCGUCUGGCUCCGUAGGCGCCUGCCCUGCGCGGGUGGGAGGACGGCCGUGCACGGGCCCAGGAACCAGGAGCGCCCCGAGCCCCAGAGCUUGCUCCGAGCCCCAGCCAGGCACGGCCCCUUGGCGCAGCGGCAUCCUUCCCUGGCGUCCCUUCCCUGGCCAGGUACUGCUGAGCCCAGCUGAGCAGGAUGAUUCAGCGCUCAGUGGAAGGACUGGGUGGAUCUGCAGCGAGGGUGCAGGCACGCCGGAGCACGGGCAGCCCUGCAUCCCCGUCCCUCAGCCCUGUCAGCCCGGCCGUGCCAGGGCUCCUGCGGGCGGCACACGGGCAGGUCCCUGCAGACAGAGCUACGGGCUCCGCUACACGCAAGCGGGUACAGGAACCACGAGGCGACGGGAGCAUCAGCCACGCUGGGGCAUUGAAAGGCUCACACACUGCGCUCACGGCCAAGCUCAGAGCUGCUCACGGCUGAGAGGGGACCUCAGCAAAAUGUACGGUGGGCAUAUACCCUGCACGCAUCGGAUCUAAACAUGCACAUCCCGGUCUUAAAACUUGCUGCGGAACGCAUCAAGUCAUGCAGAAAGAAUCUUUUAAAAGCGCACGUCUCCUAAUUAAGGAGAUACUCACUCUCACACAAGUUGUUUUGAGCAUGUACUACAUAGAAAGGAAAGAAAGGAAAGGAAAAACAUUUUUUUUCCUCAGCCUCUUAAUAUUUUUAAUGUAAUCAAUUAAAUCAGCUUAAACCACACCCAUUUCCGGUUCAGACUGCACCUGGUUUUUAUGACGUUGCAUCACCACUGUACAUAGAAUUUUCCCAGGAAGGAUCAAAUUAGUGUAGUCAGUACCUCUUUCAAUUUGCAGGUGUACAGUCAGUAAUCCUUUCUCAGACAGAAACACAUGCACACACGUGCACACGCACACUUUGAGCUCUUGCUGAAUGGAGGUUUCUGGUGCCAGGCAGGCUGUGAGGCCAACUCAGACAGAGAAACGAUGGUGGUAUCCUCCUCUCCGGGACAUCUACAGCGACAUUCUCCUGAACAAGUGACCACCCAGUUCCUUACCACUUGCUUGAACAGGAACAGGAAAGUCAGCUUCAUGGUAAAUAUUUACAAAGCAAGCAUUCAUGUUUCCAUUUUUAAAUCACUGCUUGCUCAUUAUAUUGCCCAUCCCUUUUAAGGCGAUAGAAUUGUUUUCUUCUACCUCCACUUUGGUAUCACAAGUAGUUCUGUCCAGCUGCCUAUGAACGCAUAAUCUUUCUUCAUGAAUUUGUGAGUGACUUGGGUAUCCAAGAAAGAGGAGCCCACCUGAAUUAAACUGUUUCAGUGGGAGGUAUAAAAAAAAUGUAUAUCCUGUAUGACAAUUCUAGAUGCAAUAUUCUUAGAUGUGAGGCCUUCUUUUUGGGAAAUUCAGCUCAGACCUCCAUUUGUAAGUAUUUAUUUUCUUUACAUAGUAUUUUUUAGCCAAUAGGUAUCAUAGGCAUCCGUUUGACCAGCCACCUUCAUCUGGCAGCCAUCACCACAUCUCAUCCAGCUUGGAUGUUGCAUGAAAAUAAAAGGGUAAUGUGGGGAAAAAAGCAGACUAGUUUAGUUUGUCUGCUAAAUAUAUGCUCUCUUAAAAAGAGAGCAGUGAGAUAAAUUAUGCCUAUCUAGUAGCUAAGGCAGCGUCUACAUCUGUAGCUUCUACAAGCUUUAAUAACCAAGGUACACUCUGUACUUAGGAGAGGAAGAAAUCUUCUGAAAACAAUAAUUUGUGCAUGGAACUAUCACCCACAGCAGGCAUUCAUGAUGGAGAAACCACUGAUCUCUAGUUUUGGACAACCAUGCUGCUUUCCUGGUUUUGCACUUGCAUCUAUUUCCUUUUUUAGCUACUUAGCUGUGUGAUGAAUUGUAAUGGGAGUUGUUCUGGGUAACGCAAGUAAGAGUGGGCUAAAGAAGGCGAGCUGCUACAUAAAUUGUGCUGUUUGUUACAGCUUUUAAGUUGCUUAAACAUCCAUACUGAUGGAAUGUUGGUAACCAUCUGCUACCAACAUUUGUAAAUAAAUAUAAACCAACCUAAAUAUUCCCCGGCUUGUUGCUCUGUUUCAGGCAUGGGUCUCCGGGUUUGGUUUGGGGUUUUUUUGGGGUUGUUUUUUUUUUUUUUUUUUUUGGUGGUUUUUUUGUUUGGUUGGUUUUUUUUAAUCUACAUGUAGUUUAUACACAGACUUAAUUUCUUCAGACUGUUUAGCUGCCUGAGGGCGAUUUCACUACACUGUUCUUUGGUACCCCCUCAAUGCAAAUUACUCGUGACUGAAUAGAGAGGAGGGAUGCCUAAUUCUGAUUAUUAUUAUUUUUUAUUGAUAUUAUUUAUCAGUGGCAAUGCAAGCUGUCAAACUAAUUUCUUCAUGGCAGACUGGGAAGAGAGAUUAAUUAUAACCUUUCUUUACCCAAGUUCCUUUUGCAAAUCUAAGCAAGUGGGACAAGCCUGUUCUACCUACCGAAUGAAGAGAUUUCAUAGCAUUUAGGAGCCCUACCCAAAGCUCAGCUGUGUUUGGCUCUUACAGAAAUAAGAGAUGGAAUUUUGAAAGUUUGAAUCUUUAGUUUUGGCCUGACAUCAGGGUCAACUGUAUUAUACACCACAGCUCUGGAACACUACUCAUUUCAAUGCAUCCUCUCCCAUGCAUAAUUCCUCUCUGACUUGUGAUCACACAGUAUCUCUUUUGUUUCCACAACAGUUGCUUACUCGGAAAAAUAAUAUUAUGAAAAUUGUACUAGAAAUCAGCUAUUGGGUACUUCUUUAAGCAUCUACCACAAUAAAUGUUACUUGUUGACUGUUGCUAUCAUUUUACACCAUAAUGCCCCAGGGAAAUAAAAGCUGCUCGCUCUCAAAUCUGAUUUCCUUUCUGACAGCUUUCUCUCUGCAACAAAUGGUGCCUAAGUUAAGAGUGCUCAAAGAGAAACUCAUGUUUUGGGGAAAGAGUUUAAAGAAUUAUAAAGAAAUGAAAGGACUUCUCGAUAGCCAGAUUCUCCUAUUAGAGUGUUAGUUUCUGACAACUGGUAAAGUUUUACAACACUAUUUUACAACUCCUCCAACACAUCAAGUGCUGUGCACAUUUUAGACAUCUUUUUUUCUUUUGUUGAUGCUCUGCCUUGAGUUAUUAUCUCUUAUUGAAUAUGACUUCUAAAUAGAUUGGUGCGAUGUAAUAUCACAGAAACGUCUCUUGAUUAAUUUUUUUAAAAAAGUUUAAGU